GCUUGGCUUGUCACUCGCUCACACCUUAUCUCCUGUGAUGCACGCACAACUGUGUUACACUAUCCAUAGUAUCUCAGAGACAGACUGUCACGAAGCGAGAUGGAGAAAACAGACGUUUGGAGCUGGUUGCCUACCAGUUAUGCAGUACAACAGAACGCGUAGGCCGCUUUGUUCUCAGAGGAGACAAAAAGAUGACAAAUGAUAACCUGAAUAAGCUGUUGGUAUUUUGUGUAUUAUUUUGCGCCCAGAAAACAUCCAUCGUGCAUGGUGCACAAGCUUUGGAAACUAAAGUGACUCUGCUGCUCCACGCUGAGCCAGAGAAUCCAAAGUGCUUUGCUGAAGGGAUGUCUGACCUCACCUGCUUCUGGGAGGAGGAUGAGGAAAGGGCUGGCUUUACUGACCAAUACUCAUUCAUAUACACAUACCAGAAUGAGAACAGCAGUGAGUGUUCCAUAACUGCCCUACCAGCAGCAGGCGGCAAGAGGCUGUAUUUUUGCAGGUUGUCCCAGACUCAAUUAUUUGUGCCCCUUGACAUCCGGGUGUUUCGGGAUGACCUGCUGAUCCACAACCGCAGUCUCUUCAUUGAACUUGUCUUCCUGUUAGACCCGCCUGCCAAUCUGACAUUGACGAGUACAGGGACACAGGGGCAGCUGAAGGCCAGCUGGCUGCCUCCCUCUCUCAAGUACAUGGGUGACAGUAUGAUGUACGAGGUCAGCUACACCAUGGCAGGGAGCCACAUUGGAAAGGUGGAGGAGGUGCAAGCCAGCUCUGAGCUCAUCUUGCGUGGUCUGCAGUCAGGCACUAAGUACAAGGUGCGCAUUCGUGUCAAACUGGACGGCAUCAGCUACAGCGGCUACUGGAGCACCUGGACUGACCCGGUACUGAUGGAAACAAUGCCUGGUGACUUGGACCCUCUCAUCGUGUCCCUGAGUCUCAUCAUCUCUCUCGUCCUCACCCUGCUGUCUCUCCUUGUGCUCAUGUCUCAUCGCAGGUUCCUGUUGAAGAAGAUCUGGCCAAUCAUUCCCACCCCUGAAAGCAAGUUCCAAGGCCUCUUUAAGGUGUAUGGCGGUGACUUUCAGGAGUGGUUGGGCCACAGCACUGGAGGCUUAUGGUUAAGGCCAGCCUACUUCUACUCCGAGGAAUUCCCUGCGCCACUAGAGGUGCUUUCAGAGGUUAGCCUUGGUCCCGCCUUACCCAGCUCCGCUUUGCCGCCCAAGGCCUCAGAGACACUUGGUGAGGAGGAUGAAGACGAGAAGUUAAAGAGGGUGGAUUCUGCAUUGAUGGAGAGGUGGAGAGAAACCCCCCAGGAGCACUGGCCGAUGGACCAGCUCCGGGCUAUUCAUCAGCACCCUGCACCCUGGACCCAGUCUUCUCUACUGGAGUCCCAUGAUGCCUAUGUCACCCUCAAUGCUCAGAACCACAGUGGGGAGGAGCCUCUGGAUGACAUAUUAGAAGAAACCUUGCCCCUGCAGGUUCUCUUUGCCUCUGGAAGGACAUCCUCUGAAUCUCGAUCAGACUUGGGCUCCUUCCAACAGAGCUCGGGAUUGGGCCGCCUCUCGUCCCAGUCCAGUUUUGAGUACCCAAACCACACCUGGCCGCCCAAGGGCCCCGGGUACACCUACAUGGCAGUGGCCGACUCAGGCGUCUCCAUGGAUUACAGUCCGAUGAGCUCGAGUAAGAUCGAUGACAUUGGGAAGGGAGUUAUCUAUACCAAUGAGUACAAGAACGAGAUCCCUGCACACAGAAGACCCAUAGGUACGCCCAUCCACUUUGCAUUCUGAAUUAAGGCUACGCUAUGUAACAGGCUAUGAACUGAGGCUUAAAGGUCCAUUGAAGCUGAAAAACAGUUGGGAUGUUUGGCCAAGGCUUCUACAUGGACUCCAUCUUCUUGUCAGUGGAAUGUAAAAAGCCAGGGUGUAGGCUACUCUCAUAACUAUGAGAUAA